GCCAGCAUCUUUGCCAGACUGAAGCAUCAGUCAGGUGGUGGCGAAUACCCAAUAGAUUGGGAUCGCUUCCUCCUCCUCUGCGUGCAGGAGUAUCGAAAGGUGGUGGUGCCGCAAGAGACGGCGGACGGUGAGCCACACGAGGCUUCCGAUGGCGACGAUCCUUCGGACGGCCGUUCCAGCGAUGAUGGUCGGCAAGCUGCAGAAACAGAGGAGUGCGAGUCGUCAGCAGCCGUUGCUCAAGGGGCUGGCACCGAGGAUGGCGCGGCGGAGAUUGCUUCCGUGGAGGAACUGCUGGCCCAGAUCGACAACACCAGCCUUGAGCAGGAGCAGCUUCGAGAACUGCGGUCCCCAGAUGAGGCAUGUGCGCUGCGAGACACGGUGGGUAGUGAGCAAGACGAGGCCUCCGAUGGCCCUGGGCCUUCGGAUGGCCGUUCUAGCGAUGAUGGUCGCGAAACUGCAGCCACAGAGGAGUGCGAGCGGUCAGCGCACGUUGCUACAAGUGCCGUUGUCGAGGAGGGCGCGCAGAUUACCUCCAUGGAGGCGGCGAGCCUUGAUGCGGAGCCGUGGAUGUACGCUCUCUUCCGGAAGCAUCCUGGUGAGGGCAGCGAAACUCACGCGAAGAAGGUCUGGCCUCCAAGGAGCGUGGUUCGAAGGAUGCAGCAAGAAAAGAUGGAGGAUGAGAAGCUGACGAAGGCCUCCUUGACGGACCUCGAGGCGUGCGAGCUGCACAAGAAUCGUGUUGCAGCGGAGUGGGGCAGAUUUGAGGUUGGUUGCCUGCGCUGGCUGGCAGCCUUCCCGCGCCCGGGCCCCACCGCAAGCGCGUACACCGCGUGCGGGGUCCCGAUCAUGCACGAGCUUCUGCAAGAGGAGCGACGGCAGUUUUUGGAGCUCUAG